AUGAAUAGCAUUGGUCUUUCUUCUUGUUAUGUAACAAUUAAUAACUAUAAACAAAAACUUGUAAAUGAACAUACUAUAAAGAUUAGGGAAUUUUUCUCUGAACAAAUCUUUAAAAAUUGUGGAAAAAGCAAAAUUGAAAAGAAAAAUCAAUAUAAAUUAGCUACCUUAGAAGAAAUUGUUGACUCAAAAUGUCUUCCAGCUGGAUAUAGUACUAGUGUAUCCCCAUUGCCAAAUGCUUGCGAUCACUGUAAAAAAAAACUUGAUGAUGGUGAAGUUUUAGUUUGUGGACAUGGAUACCAUUUUGAAUGCUAUCAAAAAUUAGAGUAUAGUCCAAAUAUACUUACCACUGAAGAAAAAGAAGGUGAAAAUGUUGAAGAUAUCACUAAUGAAGAUGAUGAAAAGACGGAAGAGAUAGAAAUAAAUAAAAGCCAACAAGUAUAUGUAGCUUUUAUAAAUGCACUUAACCAAAUUGACACUUGGUAA